AUGGACCCUCAAGAAUUAGUACCUUUAGAAGCUGGUCUUCCAAUAAUCCGCCCACCUCAGCGCCGAUGUACCCUCAGCGGCCGGUCCUGCUACCGAACACCCUUGAGGCUGUGUAGACUCCUCACUCUCCUCAUCAUACUGCCCAGCAUGUUCAUAAUGAUUCCAUUAUAUUUAAGAUAUCGCGUGUACUCGGGUCAAAUAUAUCCAAUGAGCAUGACGGAUAUGCGUCUGAUCGACAGCAAAAUAUCACCGACCUGGUGUCAGAGACAAGUCGUAAGAUCGAAUGCUACAUUCAACGCUUUCGUGGUGCCAGGUCCUCCGGAGAUGGCCGAAGAGCUUGUCCCGGUGUCCAUGACCAGAGAGCUGGAGCUAGAAGACGACAUGAAAGAGUAUUGGGGCUUCUAUCUGCUCAAGGGCUCAAGCGUUACUGUUUCAGCUUGUGUUAGUUGGCCAGGAGCCUCCCUCAUAAUGAUUAAGGGCUACAAGCAUCUCCAGGAGUGCGCGUAUAUUGGAGACGACUCUUCAGAAGAACUGGACGAGCUGAUAGAGGCGUACAAAUUGGGGCUGAUGACGAAUAGCACGUUGCUGGAGAAGAUUCAAGAGCUUAAGAAAAUUGACGGGAAGGCUAACGAUCCUGACACGAUGAGGCGCCACAGAGCUGGAGUCAGCUUCUACGACGCUAACAAGACAGCUAACGUGAGCGCACUAUCGGAGAAUGUCCACAACGCUGACGUCACCGAUCAAGAUCCAAAAGAACUGCGUGAGAUUUUAGAGAGGCUGCACGCUCUCCGUCAGGCAGUAAAAGAUGAGCAGUUAAAAUAUUACCACAUUCCUUCUCAUUUAAUGUCUCUACCGGCUCUACAUCGACAUAGAGAUGCGAACGUUGAUAGAGACGAGCGGAGAUGGUUAUCAUUUGAAGAACUCGACGGCACCAAUAGUGAACACAUUAAUAAAAAGGAAACAUCAGAUACCAGGAAUACAACACAAGACCCUAAUGUGGAAGAAAUCAAUAAACAUAAUCUAACAACCAUCGAAGAUAAUAUAGUUCUUGAAACGACUGAAAAAUAUCCAAAAGCUAAUGGCGCUAAUGUUGAAAAUGAGAAUAAAUUUAAAACUAAUUCAAGUGAACCAGAACUUAAGUCGACAAAUAACACUAUCAAACAUUUCAAGGAAAAAGAUGCUACCGUAACUCCAACCCCGUCUACUGUGCAGAAUGGAAAAGAAAUAUUAGAAUCUAAAGAAAGCAUUGAACCUGUUGCCAGUCACGUGGCACCAGAAGAUUCGAGAAGACAAGAAAAUAACGAACGUAAGAGUCGUCUGAAGGACAGAAGAUACAACAGACCGAAUGGACACAACAACCGCUUAGAUAUACCUUAUACGAAAAAAUAUGAAACCACCACGACCAAAUACGAGAAUCCGGAACAAAACUCAGAAGCGAGUUCACAAGAAAUUUUCGAAGAUGUAUUGAGGAGACUGCGAGCUUUGGGGAAGCGCGGGGACCGGGUGCUGCGGAGACUACACGCGAGCGUGGGAGGGACACCCCCCGGGGAGGGUUCGCACUCCAACACCCUGGCUGCGGCUCGCGGAAGCAGCGAGGAGCUGGAUCGGCUCCGUCAGGUCCUGGUAGAAGCUAUCGACGAGGAGAGAACUAGGGCGCAAAGGCAGCAGAAGCGACGUGACGCCAGAGAGGAGGCGCGCGCCAGGAGGGACCUGAUGCUGCGACAGCAGGAGCUGCAACAGCUGCUGAACCAAAACGACGAGGCGAGGGAUCUCGCGGCAGAAGAAGGUCUCUCACCAGACGGCUACGCGGAACACCACGACCAAGUCAACGAGACGACAGCGUUCGACAUGAGCAAUUCGGAGUUCUGGUCGUCGUUCUCCAGCAGCGAAGAGGCGCUGCUAGAGUGCGCGGGUCUGGUGCUGUAUCUGCCGCUGACGCCGCACGGUGCCUGUCGCCGCGGGGCCGGUGCCGACGACGCCCUCUCCGCCUCCAAGGCCAAUGCGCUCACGUACAGAGUCCCAGCGAAUGGCUACUACUUCUUCGUGUUUAACUCCGAGAACGAAGUGCAGAGGAACUACAUCCGGGCUCGGUUCGACCUUCAGAAGACGAAGUACGAAGUGGCGCGAAGCAAGCUGCGCGAGUGCACCAACAGCACUGCGAGAUGCGAUCUGGCGCUGGACAUAUUCUCCACUCAAAAGGUGGUCCUUGAAGUGCCUCUCCGUAACAACGAUUCCUUGUGGAACGAACAAUUCGUCAUCAUAUCGGAAUGCGAACCCAGGACCUCAGUGUACAUGGUGUGCGUUAUCGCCGUGCCGUUGUUGAUAAUGAUAUUCGCCUUCCAAUGAGACACGGAAAAAAGUAUGUAAUUUUUUUUUGCGUAAGAUAUUUUUCGUGGAUUUUUGACGAUGAUUCCUUUUGCCGAGUAUUGUGUCGUGUAAAAGUUGAA